AUGAGCGGUGGCAUCUACGGCGGAGACGAAGUCAGCGGCGUAGUGUUCGAUGCUGGUUCUCACAGUUUCCGCGUUGGUUUUGCUGGUGAAGAAUACCCGAAGGGUGACAUCCCGUCGUACGUAGCGCUGCAAGAAGUAGAACCCGAUGGCGACGUGGAGAUGAAGGAAGCUGCUGAGGCUGACGCUAAUAUUAAAAAGAAGCGGAAUGUAUUCAUUGGUACUACGAAAAUAAUUGUCCCGAGGGCACGGACUACUGUUCAAAAUUUUAUGAAAGAUGGAAUGAUUGAGGAUUGGGAUAUUUUCGAAAACCUCCUUGACUACUCAUAUAAUGAAGUACUCCAUAGUGAAGCUCAGUACCAUCCGGCUUUGUUUACUGAAAGUGCAUGGAAUGACAAGGCAAAGCGAGAACGCUUAACAGAACUGAUGUUCGAGAAGUACAACAUCCCUGCUUUUUUCCUGUGUAAAAACGCUGUGUUGACCGCUUUUGCGAAUGGUCGAACAAGCGGUUUGGUAGUAGACAGUGGUGCAACACAUACCUCAGCUGUUCCUGUAUAUGACGGAUACGCGGUCACUCAUGCCGUUGUGCGGUCUCCCAUUGGAGGUGAUGUUAUAUCCGAGCAGCUGCAGUACAUGCUUGAAGAACAAAACAUCGAGGUAGUGCCAACAUACAAAAUAGGCGGAAAGGAAGAGGUGAAUGAAAACGAAGCGCCUCGUUGGACUAAGAAGAAAAAUCUGCCAGAAGUCACUGAAAGUUACGACAAGUUCAUGAAGAAGCAGAUUUUAGAAGACAUGGCCAUUACGAUUCUACAACUUUGUGAUACUCCUCUCGAUGCUGAAUAUGCCGAAAAGUUGCCGUCCGCCCCUUACUCAUUUCCUAAUGGAUUCACAAAGGAAUUUCUUGCUGAGAGAAUAAAAGUUCCAGAGGGUCUUUUCGAUCUGAAAUACCUUCGAAAUAUGCCAGCCACGCAAUCAACGUUACUGAAUGUCACACAAAUAGCUACUACUGCGGCAGGCAUGUGUGAUAUAGACAUUCGGCCGACAUUGUACAGCGGUUUAAUGGUUACGGGUGGGAACUCGUUAAUUCUUGGUUUCACUGAGAGACUAAAUCAUGAUCUGGCUCAUAAAUGUCCUCCAACGAUCAAGCUUCGUGUGUCUGCGGCGCCAACACCAAUGGAAAGGCGGUUUGGAGCAUGGAUCGGUGGAUCAAUAUUGGGAUCGUUGGGAUCAUUCCAACAAAUGUGGAUAGCCAAGUCGGAGUAUGAUGAAACGGGUCGCACCAUUGUUGAGAAUCGAUGUCCGUGA